GCGAAGUUGAUAUGAGGCGCGUACCUCUGGCAGCAGGAAGGUGGUGACUGUGGAAUGUGAACCGCUGCUGCUGCUGGCUCGUUUGGAUGGUCGCUGCUGUUGCUGCUUUUGAAACCGCCUGAAUUGCUCCAGACUUGGGAACAGACCCUUCCGCUUGGGUUUAGACACACUGAUCCAUCGCAGUUUGGCUCCUGGAGUUGGGAGCGAUCCACUGCUUCCUUCUGGUGCUUCUGCUGGAAUGGGCAGCUCUAGCAUUGGGUGGUGUGUGUGACAGCAGCUGAUCCAGCCUUACUGGGAUUAAAUGUAUGUGGAGCAGGAGGAAGUGUGAAUCUCAUCUGAGCCCAUGAAGAGGAUUGACUACUUCUUAAGGAAACUUCCUUGCAAUUGCUUUCUCUUAUUGCCAUGGUUUAUGCUUGUACUCAGCCCUUAACGUGCCAUUCACUUAAAAUGGGAUUUACCCUAGGAAAGGGAUAUCCAGAACAUGCAUCCUGAGCAUUCUUCCGAAUUCUUCAUCAGCCAUUGUUUUAAUUAGGCUUGCACAUAGAUAAUUUAGUGCAAACAAAACUACAUUACCUGCCUCAGUCAACUUGAGACAUCCUACUCCUGUUGAGCCUAUAGGUGCAUCAGCUCUUAUUCAACAUGGCUUCAGUGUGGAAAAGACUGCAACGUGUUGGGAAACAUGCAUCCAAGUUCCAGUUUGUGGCUUCUUAUCAGGAACUGAUGGUUGAAUGCACCAAGAAAUGGCAACCAGAUAAACUGGUGGUGGUUUGGACAAGAAGAAGCCGAAGAAAAUCUUCCAAGGCUCAUAGCUGGCAGCCAGGAAUCAAAAAUCCAUAUCGUGGUGUUGUUGUGUGGCCUGUUCCUGAAAAUAUUGAAAUCACUGUGACACUUUUUAAGGACCCUCAUGCAGAGGAAUUUGAAGACAAAGAAUGGACAUUCAUCAUAGAAAAUGAAUCUCCUUCUGGACGCAGGAAAGCUCUUGCCACCAGCAAUAUUAACAUGAAGCAAUAUGCAAGUCCCAUGCCCACACAGACUGAUGUCAAACUAAAAUUCAAGCCUUUGUCUAAGAAAGUUAUAUCUGCUACCCUGCAGUUCUCUUUAUCAUGUAUUUUCCUGAGAGAAGGAAAAGCAACGGAUGAAGAUAUGCAAAGCCUAGCAAGUCUGAUGAGUAUGAAGCAAGCAGAUAUUGGAAAUUUAGAUGAUUUUGAGGAAGAUAAUGAAGAUGAUGAAGAGAACAGAGUGAACCAAGAAGAAAAAGCUGCAAAAAUUACAGAAAUUGUAAACCAGUUGAAUGCUCUGAGCAGCUUAGAUGAAGAUCAAGAUGACUGCAUAAAGCACGCAAAUAUGCUUUCCGUUAAAUCAGCCAGUUCCUCUGAAGAGCUUAUCAACAAGCUUAAUUUCCUGGAUGAAGAGGACCAGGACUUGGCCAAUUCCAGCUCAAAUCCAUUUGUAGAUCCUGAUGCAACAGAACUAAACCCUUUUGGAGACCCUGAUAUGGAAGAACCAGAUAUUAAGGUGACUUCAUCUUCAAAAGAAGAAUCCUACUAUGAUGAUGAUGAUGAUGAUAAUGAAUACAACCCCUUUAAAGAAGAGGAAGCGGCAGAGUAUGUGAACCCUUUUGAUGAGACUGACCCUGAGCCAGAAACACUAGCACCUGUCCAAGACUUUCCUCCUCAACCGGCAAAAAGAAAAAAUGUCCAGCCUGUGGACAUGAGCAAAUACCUCUAUGCCAGCAUAUCAAAAACAGAAGAAGAAGAGUUAGAUGAAUCAAAUCCAUUUUAUGAACCAAAAUCAAGCUCUGCUUUAAAUAAUCAAGUUACAUCGCUGCAAGAAGUGGAAAGGAAGAUGAAAAGAAAAGCUCCUGAACCACCAGUCCUCUCACCAAAGACAGAAAGGGAAACGAGUGGGAACAUGUCAGCUAGUCAUGCAGUGAAAGAGCUUUCCUCUUCUCCCAAGCCAAGCCCACCACCAAGUCCUGUUUUGGGAAGGAGGCCAAAUGCUAGUCAAUCACUGCUUGCUUGGUGCAAAGAAGUUACAAAAAACUACAGGGGAGUGAAAAUCACCAAUUUCACUACAUCCUGGCGUAAUGGAUUAUCCUUUUGUGCAAUAUUACACCACUUCAGGCCAGAUCUUAUUGACUACAAGUCCCUGAAUCCUCAAGAUAUUAAAGAAAACAACAAAAAGGCACAUCAACGAAUGUUAUCAAGGCAGGAAGAACUAAAAGAACGAGCAAGAGUUCUGCUUGAACAAGCAAGAAGAGAUGCAGCUUUAAAGACGGGAAAUAGACAGCUCUACAGUUCAACAGCCCCAGGCUCCUCGAAACAACUGAAUGAUCAGCAAGAUGAAGAGCGGCGUCGGCAGCUGAGAGAGAGAGCUCGUCAGCUAAUAGCAGAAGCUCGAUCUGGAGUGAAGAUGUCAGAACUUCCUAGCUAUGGUGAAAUGGCUGCAGAAAAGUUGAAAGAAAGGUCAAAGGCAUCUGGAGAUGAGGAUCAAAAUGAUCACAUUGAGAUAGUUACUAAUGAGGAGAUUCCUGAAUGCACUGGUACUGGCGGUGAAGAUCAACAUACUAACCUAGAAAGUGGCCUUGAUUCUGAUGUGGAACAGAACAGCAAGUUGGUGGAUUUGAAACUGAAGAUGCUCCUGGAAGCUCAGCCACAGGUAGCAAAUUCACUUUCAAAUGCUGCUCAGAAGGCCAUUACUGAUAACACUGUGCAAGGGUUUAAGAAUGAAAUAGAAGAACAUCGUGCUGAGCGAUUACAAAAAGCAACAGACCGCUUUAGAAAUCCUGUUGUGUUCAGCAAGGACUCCACAGUCAGAAAAACUCAGCUUCAGUCAUUCAGUCAAUAUGUUGAAAACAGACCAGAGAUGAAAAGGCAGAGAUCAAUACAGGAAGAUACAAAGAGAGGAAAUGAGGAGAAGGCAGCGAUAACUGAAACUCAGAGGAAGCCAUCAGAAGAUGAAGUGCUUAAUAAAGGGUUCAAAGACACCAGUCAGUAUGUUGUAGGAGAAUUGGCAGCACUAGAGAAUGAGCAAAAGCAAAUUGACACCCGUGCCGCGCUGGUGGAGAAGCGCCUUCGCUAUCUCAUGGACACAGGAAGAAAUACUGAAGAAGAAGAAGCCAUGAUGCAAGAAUGGUUCAUGCUGGUCAACAAGAAAAAUGCCUUAAUAAGAAGAAUGAAUCAACUCUCUCUGCUGGAAAAAGAGCAUGACCUAGAAAGGCGGUAUGAACUGCUGAACAGGGAACUAAGAGCAAUGCUUGCCAUUGAAGACUGGCAAAAGACCGAAGCCCAGAAGAGGCGAGAGCAGCUUUUGCUGGAUGAACUUGUUAUUCUUGUUAAUAAACGUGAUGCGCUGGUCAGAGAUUUAGAUGCCCAAGAAAAACAAGCUGAAGAAGAAGAUGAGCAUUUGGAAAGGACUCUUGAACAAAACAAAGGAAAGAUGGCCAAGAAAGAAGAAAAAUGUGUUCUUCAGUGACCAGAUUUCAUGGGAUAGUACACUCUCCCAUUUUGAAGCCUAAGCCUUCUUAUGUUUUGGAAAUACUGAUACCAACACUAGAAAAAGAGAACCCCAGUAAUACAUUAUAGGAAAACAACAAACCUUUCCAGCUUUGCCCUGAUUUUUUAAAAACUUUCUUGUUCUUUCCCUUCAAGCAAUAUUAUUUCAAAACUAGCUUUUCACUAGGAUUUAGACAUAAUUAUUUAAAAUAAAUUUGCACCUAAAUAUUGUAGCAACACCAGGGUUGUUAAAAGGGGGUGGGUAGAAUAUCCUGGCAUAACGUUUUUGUCAUUUACUUGCAAAUACAUUCUUUUAUGUAAUAGCACUACAGAGGGAGAAGGAAGGAGAAAAAUUCAUUAUGAAUUAUUUCAUCUAGUCUUGCCAUGUGUAAUAUUUAAAAUACUAAAAUUUUAUUGUUAGAUCAUACUCAAACCAUUUAUUAUAAUGCUCUAUAUUUACCAGUGUUUAUUUCAGCAACAGUUUUACACUUUUAUUGUAAGUAUAAAUAUAAAAUGUACAGCUUUCUGAUGUGUUCAGAGAGCAGUUCUUUUAAUCUAUACCUUGCAAAAAGCCUUGUGAGCUAAAGAAGUGAUUGUAAUGAUAAGGCUAACUGAAGUGUGAUCGGUUUACAAGAACAUUCUUUAAAGGCUGUCCCAUUUUUAUUAAUUAUUUAUUUACUUCUUAGCAUAGUUCCCUUCUCCUCUUGUCAAACCUCUGCAUUCUGGCUCCACAGUGCUGUUAAUAUUUAUUGUGUAUCCAUCAGGGGUCUGUCCUGCCAUUGUUUGCAAAAUCCUCUUGCAAGUUAAUAUAUCCUACUCUAUCACCCUGCUCAUUUUUGUGGAAACUGUUAUGUUUAUUUAUUGCAAUGCUGAGUUAUGUAUAAAUUUUCAAUAAAGCUGGAUCUUUCUUACCUUAACUGUGCUUGUCUGCUGUUCUUACCAAAUAAAAUAAAAUAAAGUC